AGUACACAUUUUUUUUGAUGAGACAAUUAUGAAUCUUGUCUCAUAAGGAAGCUACUUUAAUCUGUUUCUUCUUUCUCUAUGAUUUCACUUAAAUAUCAAACUUCAAGAACUCAUGUCUCUUGAGGAACAAUAUGGUGGGUUCCAACACCGUAACCGCUACAUCGCGGUUGCUCUUGAUCUGUUUUGCUUACUCAUUCACUGUCUUCUCAAUGAUUUCAUCAGUGACUGAUCCUCGUGAUGCGGCGGCUCUGCGUUCUUUGAUGGAUCAAUGGGACAAUACGCCGCCUAGUUGGGGAGGUUCUGAUGAUCCUUGUGGAACUCCUUGGGAAGGUGUAUCUUGCAAUAACUCCAGAAUCACUGCUUUGGGUUUGUCAACAAUGGGUCUCAAAGGAAGACUUAGUGGAGAUAUUGGAGAACUAGCUGAACUAAGAUCAUUGGAUCUUUCCUUUAAUCGAGGACUAACAGGUUCACUUACUUCUCGGUUAGGAGACCUGCAAAAGCUAAAUAUCCUUAUUCUUGCUGGUUGUGGCUUCACUGGUACCAUCCCAAAUGAGCUUGGCUAUCUCAAAGAUCUAUCUUUCUUGGCCUUGAACUCGAACAACUUCACGGGUAAAAUCCCGGCGUCUCUAGGAAAUCUCACUAAGGUUUAUUGGCUGGAUCUUGCGGAUAAUCAGUUGACAGGACCCAUUCCAAUUUCAUCAGGCUCAAGUCCUGGUCUUGAUCUUCUUUUGAAAGCCAAACACUUUCAUUUCAACAAGAAUCAGCUCUCUGGGACCAUUCCACCAAAACUUUUCAGCUCUGAGAUGAUACUGAUCCAUGUAUUAUUCGAUGGAAAUCGAUUCACAGGAAGCAUACCUUCCACUUUAGGACUCAUUCAGACACUAGAGGUUCUUCGGCUUGACAGAAACACUUUGACCGGAAAAGUUCCAGAGAAUCUCAGUAAUCUCACAAACAUCAUUGAACUGAACUUAGCUCACAACAAGCUCGUUGGAUCAUUACCAGAUUUGUCAGACAUGAAGUCCAUGAACUACGUAGAUCUCAGCAAUAACUCAUUUGAUCCAUCAGAGUCUCCUCUCUGGUUCUCAACCUUACCUUCACUGACCACACUUGUGAUGGAAUAUGGAUCUCUUCAAGGACCACUACCUAAUAAGCUCUUUGGGUUCCCACAGCUUCAACAAGUGAGACUGAAGAAGAACGCAUUCAAUGGAACACUGAGCUUGGGAGACACAGUAGGUCCAGAGCUCCAACUUGUUGAUCUACAAGACAACGACAUAUCCUCUGUAACACUAAGCUCUGGAUAUACCAAUACAUUAAUGUACAUAGCUUCUUUCUUCUUAAAUGUUCAAUCAAACUGUCUAUAUCAACCUAUUAAAGAAGCUCUCUCUUGUUGCAGACUCGAAGGAAAUCCUGUAUGCACAACAGCUCUCUCCAACACAAACUACUGUCAGAUUCAGCAGCAACAAGUCAAACGAAUAUACUCGACCAGUCUUGCUAACUGUGGAGGAAAGUCUUGUCCAUUAGACCAAAAGGUCAGCCCUCAGAGCUGUGAAUGCGCCUACCCUUAUGAAGGCACACUCUACUUCCGAGGGCCUAUGUUCAGAGACCUGUCCAAUGUGAACACAUACCAUUCUUUGGAGAUGAGCUUGUGGGUGAAAUUAGGACUCACUCCAGGCUCGGUCUCUCUACAAAACCCUUUCUUCAACAAUGAUGAUUAUCUUCAGAUACAGUUGGCACUUUUCCCACCUAUGGGCAAGUAUUUUAACAGAACUGAAGUUCAGAGAAUUGGAUUUGACUUGAGUAACCAAACAUAUAAACCUCCUCCUUUGUUUGGACCUUACUACUUCAUUGCAUCUCCCUACACAUUCCCAGCUGAUGGUAACGGACAUUCCUUGAGCUCUCGGAUGGUCACUGGGAUAAUAACUGGUUGCAGUGCUUUGGUCCUGUGCCUUGUUGCGUUAGGAAUAUACGCAAUGUGGCAGAAGAGACGUGCAGAGCAAGCUAUCGGUUUGAGUAGACCAUUUGUUUCAUGGGCAUCAAGUGGAAAAGACAGCGGUGGCGCACCGCAGCUGAAAGGGGCACGAUGGUUCUCCUACGAAGAACUCAAGAAGAUCACGAACAAUUUCUCUGUGAGCAGUGAGCUGGGUUAUGGAGGUUAUGGAAAGGUGGGUUUUUGAAAGAUCGAUCUUGAAACUAUCUAGGGCUUCACUUUCAGGGUUUGACAAGUAACGCUCCUCUGUUUCUCUCUGUAAUCUCCGCAGGUGUAUAAAGGAAUGCUUCAAGAUGGGCACAUGGUGGCGAUCAAAAGAGCACAACAAGGAUCAACACAAGGAGGGCUCGAGUUCAAAACAGAGAUUGAGUUGCUUUCUCGAGUUCAUCACAAGAACCUAGUUGGGCUUGUCGGGUUCUGCUUCGAGCAAGGCGAGCAGAUUCUAGUCUACGAAUACAUGUCCAACGGAUCACUAAAAGAUAGCUUAACCGGGCGAUCCGGAAUUACGCUGGAUUGGAAAAGAAGGCUGAGAGUGGCUCUAGGAUCGGCAAGAGGACUCGCAUACCUCCAUGAACUGGCGGAUCCUCCGAUCAUCCACAGGGACGUGAAAUCAACUAACAUUCUUUUGGAUGAGAAUCUGACAGCCAAGGUUGCUGAUUUUGGUUUGUCCAAGCUGGUUUCAGACUGCACCAAAGGCCAUGUUUCAACACAAGUUAAAGGAACAUUGGGAUAUUUGGACCCAGAGUACUACACAACACAGAAACUUACAGAGAAGAGUGAUGUGUACAGCUUCGGUGUUGUAAUGAUGGAGCUGAUCACAGCGAAACAGCCGAUAGAGAAAGGCAAGUACAUUGUUAGAGAGAUCAAGCUUGUAAUGAACAAGAGCGACGAUGACUUCUACGGACUGAGAGAUAAGAUGGAUCGUUCGUUAAGAGACGUCGGAACUCUGCCAGAGCUCGGCCGGUAUAUGGAACUAGCCCUGAAAUGCGUAGAUGAGACGGCAGAUGAGAGGCCAACGAUGAGUGAAGUGGUCAAGGAGAUUGAGAUUAUCAUCCAGAAUAGUGGGGCGAGUAGUAGCUCCUCUGCAUCUGCGUCGUCAUCCGCUACAGAUUUUGGUGAGAAGCUUUUGUACGGAGGUACUUUGAAGAAGAAAGAAGCAAGAGACGGAGAUGGAGGCGGAGCGUUUGAUUAUAGUGGUGGCUACUCUGUUCCGACCAAAAUUGAGCCCAAGUAAAUAUCAACAUCUCUUGUGAGAUUAUUUGUCGUUACUUUUUGUAUGAAUGAAUGGAAAAGUCAUAUUGAUGAAAACUUGUGCGAGUAUUGUUGACCUGAAACACUGUGAGGCUAGGCCCAUUAGUAAAUCGUGAUUACUAAAAGAAAAUCUUAGUAGUUG